CGGCGCCGCACGCGGCCGCCUGCGACCGCGGCUGCGAGCCCGAGCGAGUGAGUCGGUCUGCGGACUCUGCGCCGCGCGAGCUCGGGGACGAGGACCCUCUCCACUGCCGACUCCGACGACAGGGGCCGCGGAAGGAGGUGGAGGGAGGAAAAGCGCGAGCGGCGCCCGAUGGAGACGUCAUCAGAGCGCACCGGAAGCGGCCCCAGAAUGAGGAGUGUAAUCUACCACGCCCUCUCCCAGAAAGAGGCCAAGGAGCUGGAUGUCCAGCGCCCGGGAGCCCAGCGCGCCGAGGCCUUCCUGCAGGCCUUCCUGCGGCGCUGCACGCCCCACAUGAGCCAGAGCGUCCGCGAGGACCAGCUGCAGCGCAAGGCCGUGGUGCUGGAGUACUUCACCCGCCGGAGGGGCAAGGAGCAGAGGAGGCGGGCCAGGGGCCUGUCCGCGCGGCAGAGGAGGGCGCUGCGGCUCUUCGACAUUAAGCCGCAGCAGCAGAGAUACGACCUCUUUCUCCCCCUGCACGAGCUCUGGAAACAGUACAUCCGGGACCUGUGCAACGGCCUCAGGCCAGACACGCAGCCCCAGGCGAUCCAGGCCAAGCUGUUGAAGGCAGAUCUCCAUGGCGCCAUUGUUUCAGCCCCGACUGCCGCCUUGGAGGGUGACGUGAGUGACCUGGCUGUGCAGGGGGACCCGCCAGCCCGGUCUCCUGGUAGCUCAUUUCUAGAACCUCGUGGGCAGGACUGCAGCAGGGGGGCUUGUGCCGGGCCCCCACUCGGUCUCUGCUCCGCAGUGAUCCCCAAGCUGGGCUGUGUGUUCUCCGUGGAAACCGACGGCUUCGUUUCCUACAUUCACGGGAGCAAAUUCCAGCUCCGGUCGAGCGAGCGGUCCGCCAAGAAGUUCAAAGCGAAGGGGACCAUGGACCUGUGAGCGCUGCGGCCCACGGGGUCACGGCCGCGAGGAACGCCGGCCCGAGCCCAGCUCCUGGGAGACGGCAGGCGCUUCCGGGGAGACCACCCCGGUCGGUAGGACACCUGGGAAGAAACGCCUGGUGUCGGGGAGCAGGGUGCACAGUUCCGGGGGCCUACGUGUUCCUCCCUCCCGAGGAGAGAGGGGCAGGAGGCACCGAGCGGCCCUGGGGGCUUGUGGGCGUGGGGGCUCUGCCACCCGUCCUGCGUCUGCUGCUCUGUGAUGCGAGCUGUCUGUGAUAAUAAAAGCACUUGGGCCUCGGCUCCAGUU